UUUAAGCACAGUCUAGCGAUUCAGUUGCGUCGAAAACAGAAUUCAGAACACAACACAAUGAAUAAAUCCAAAUCGGAACGUUUCGGACCCUCGCAGGAGGUCGGAGUGCCAAGGACGGCAUCUGGGUCCGUGAAGGAUCUCCAGGCAUCUGAUCGAAACCUUUGCGGAAAGCCUAGCUUCCUCGUCUGCCGGGGAAAGAAGUCGCCCGAUAUGACCGAAGUCGACAGCUCGACCGAUCUCAGAGAGCCAAACGGCUCAAAUCUGCAGCAGACCGCUCUGAAAAUCCAUGGCAUUAUGAAGCACCAACGAAACAUAAUCGAAAUGGUGGAUGAUGCUAACAAUAAUAUCUAAACGCUUCCCGGAGGAGAAAUGACUACGAAAGUAAGGUCUCCACCAAAUGCCUUAUUAUUUGUCGAAAUUUUCAAGUUCAACUAAAUUUGACCAGUGUUACUCCCGGCAUUUACGUUCCAUUCAUCCAACACACUUAAUAUCCCGCUCUUUCGGAUUAUCCGGUCAGCAUUUGCCAUUGUACCCUCGGCCACAUUUGUUGCGAUCAAUGGCUUUAUCAUUUUGUUUUUAAUAAAUAUUUAUAAGUAA